AUGGCCAGCCGGUUUGUCGAGGCCGGUCUCAGCAAUACAGAGACGAAAAAGAAGAUGUUUCCCUCACGCAUGCUUCUUGCGCGCUCGGUCUGGAAAGGGCCCAACAUCGUUCCUCUUCCAAUCAUUCGAGUCCCUCCAGGCCAAAAGCCACCUCCCAUACAAACACAAGCACGGUCUGCGACGAUAUUACCUAAUUUCGUGGGGUUGGUAUUUCAAGUGCAUAAUGGGAAGAUAUACCAUGAUGUAGAAAUCACGGAGGACAUGGUGGGCCAUAAGCUAGGAGAAUUCUCACCGACGAGGGGAAAUUUUUCGUACAAAAUGAGCAAGAACAAAUAG